CUGACUCAGGCCGGGCCCCGCCGCUGUCCCAGAGCCCUUGCUGAGCCGAGCCGAGCCGAGCCGAGCCGAGCCAUGCCGGCCCUCACCCAAGCCCUCGCCCUACUCUUGGUGCUCGCUGCCGGCGCCCGGGCCGAGCCGCUGCACUUCCUGGACUGUGGCUCCAAAGAUGGAAACAUCCAAGAAGUAAACGUGACUCCCUGCCCGACACAGCCAUGCCAGCUCCACAAAGGGGGCUCCUACAGCAUCAACGUCACCUUCUCCAGCAAGAUUGAAAGCAAGGGCAGCAAAGCCAAGGUGUAUGGGGAGAUGCUGCAUGUGGACAUCCCCUUUCCCAUCCCUGAGCCUGAUGGAUGCAAGUCUGGAAUCCAGUGCCCCAUUGAGACGGGUCAUUCCUACAGCUAUCUGAACAAGUUGCCUAUAAAGAGCGAGUAUCCCAGCAUCAAGCUGAUUGUGAAGUGGGUAUUGCUGGAUGAUCAAGAAGACAUGCUCUUUUGUUGGAAGAUUCCUGUGCAGAUCACCAGCUGAGGAGCUGGUGGGAGGGGGUGGGUACACAGAAGACAAGAUGGGCCAAAUUCUUUUUGCAUAGCAAAUAUUUUCUGCCACCUGCUUUCAGGUUCUUUAGCCUCCAAGUGGCUGGUACUGGGCUCCCUCAGGGCUAAGUUACAGCUAUUCAGGGGCAGCAAUGAGCAAAAGGCUCUUACCCCAGCAGAGUCUGACAGCUGUGGCAUUGCAUGUUGCAGAGCUCUGAGUGCUUUGCAGAGGCUUCUGGUUACUUGAAAUGGAGCUCUCAUCCCAAAGGGAUUUCUCUGUGCAGUGAAAUGGGACUGGUGUCAAAGCCGCUCCCUGUCAAUCCUUCAGUGCCUCAUGUGGUAAAAUGCUGGCUGUUGCAUCCUUCUGCAUCUCUCCUGCUCCCUUGGGACAGUGCUUCUGGAAGCUGCUUUGGCCAUCUGCAGCCAUAGAAGGGUGAAGAGAGGGGACUAGCAUUUCCAUUUGUCUUCCCUGACUGCUGCGUCCAUCCUGGGCCCUACCAUGGCCAGCAAGCCUGCAACUGUGAAAGUCUGCUUUUUCUUGGUGGAUAUCAAGCCAAACCACAUUCAGUGUCUCUGCAGGGAUGACUCUUAACUAUCCUUUGCACUAUCUACUAACUCAUAUGGAGCUGCUGGGGGCUCUUCCAAACCUAACCUCUUUUUUUUUUUUUUAACUUUCCUUUUAAUAAAACCUGAAUAAAAGUCUA